AUGUCCAAACCAUUCAUGUCUCAAGAUGAGAAGGUGACCUCUAAUGCGGCUCUUGCUGACGAGCUCGAGGCCUUGAAUUCGAUCUACAGUCCAGACACUCUUAUUCUGCAGGGUGUAUCCUCCACAGAAGUCACAGCAGCCCUUCGACUGCCCGAUCUGCCCUUCUCAUUCCUCGUCUCAUUCCCGUCCGACUAUCCUACUAAUGCUCCUCCUACGAUCACUGGCACGCAGUCGACCGGCGAUAGUGGAAGAGGUGAAGGAGAAGUGGCCGUAAGCGUUCUACGCGACGUGCUAGGAAGAGUUUGGAUACCCGGUCAGGUGUGUCUGUUCGAUCUGGUAGAAGAAGCAGGGCCUCUUCUCCAGCAACAGCAUACAAAGCACCAUUAUGGCACGGCUCAAGAUCACACCGCAGAUGUUGCGCAUAGGUCCGCCUCACCUAUCAUACCUGAACGCGUUGAGCACGACCUGAUUUCAGACGCAGCCUCAUCAAAUAUUGCUCCGCCUCCCUGGGCUCUUUCAGAGCCGUUGACUUUCAACAAAUCAACCUUUAUCGCCCGAGCAUGCCAUGUAUCGACGUUGCCUGAGGCUAUGGACUCUGUUUCCCAUUUGCUGUCAACGAACAAGAAGGUUGCCGCGGCAACUCAUAACAUUACAGCCUGGAGAAUAAAGACCACAAAUGCGCAGACAGGGACGGCAACUACUAUCCAGGAUUCUGACGAUGAUGGUGAGUCGGCGGCAGGAGGAAGACUGCUCCAUCUCAUGCAGUUGAUGGAUGUCUGGAAUGUGAUUGUCGUCGUCACCCGAUGGUAUGGAGGAGUCAAGCUGGGCCCUGAUCGAUUCAGAUUGAUCAACUCUGUGGCCCGGGAGGCGCUGGUCUCAGGAGGCUUUGCCAAAGAAGAGGGCGAAAAGACGAAAGGCAAGGCCAGAGGCAAGAAAUAGAGGACCCUCGGAGCUGCUGUUGGUCCUUGUCCAUCGGACGUUAUCUGACUUACCAUCUCGAGCAUAUUGGUAAGAUCGACCUGGCUACUACAGCUUUUAUCCUCCAACAUAUUAUAUAUCAUUUGCCCGAGCAUUUUCGGUUCCUCGAGUUGACGAUCAACUUAUUGGGGCUGUUUGUGAUGCACCAAAUGGGCAAAGACGACACAUCGCAUGGUGAGCACAAGUAGCUCUCUGGUAGACUCUGAGUGCUACAAUUAUGCUUCAUGUCUUUGGAGCGCGAUCGAACGAUAUCUAGAUAUUCCGAUAUCAAGGCCCGGCUCCUGGAUAUCGGAAACUGGCAAGCGAGGCUGCCGCGCGCAACUACGCUGACUUUGACACCAGCGCGAGCGUGGAUCGUAGUCCCCUGGAGGUCGAAACUCAUUUGUAACGAGUUAGUAGGUAGAAUCGACAAACCCGACGAGAUAGAUUAGAGAAAGAAAGUAUAUCGUGUACAG